CUCCUGAUCACACAGUCAGGCUCCAGCAUCUUGUUAUUGAAGUUUUCAAGAGACUGUCACCAUGGCGACGAUGUUGACCGUCCUUAUCCUACUCAGCAUUGCCUUUGCAUACCUGUCCUUCUCAGGUAACAGGACCCUGGAACCACCAUCAUCUAGAACCGAGGAGCCGUCCUUCUCAGGUGACAGGACCCUGGAACCACCAUCAUCUGGAACCGAGGAGCCGUCCUUCUCAGGUGACAGGACCCUGGAACCACCAUCAUCUGGAACCGAGGAGCCGUCCUUCUCAGGUGACAGGACCCUGGAACCACCAUCAUCUGGAACCGAGGAGCCGUCCUUCUCAGGUGACAGGACCCUGGAACCACCAUCAUCUGGAACCGAGGAGCCGUCCUUCUCAGGUGACAGGACCCUGGAACCACCAUCAUCUGGAACCGAGGAGCCGUCCUUCUCAGGUGACAGGACCCUGGAACCACCAUCAUCUGGAACCGAGGAGCCGUCCUUCUCAGGUGACAGGACCCUGGAACCACCAUCAUCUGGAACCGAGGAGCCGUCCUUCUCAGGUGACAGGACCCUGGAACCACCAUCAUCUGGAACCGAGGAGCCGUCCUUCUCAGGUGACAGGACCCUGGAACCACCAUCAUCUGGAACCGAGGAGCCGUCCUUCUCAGGUGACAGGACCCUGGAACCACCAUCAUCUGGAACCGAGGAGCCGUCCUUCUCAGGUGACAGGACCCUGGAACCACCAUCAUCUGGAACCGAGGAGCCGUCCUUCUCAGGUGACAGGACCCUGGAACCACCAUCAUCUGGAACCGAGGAGCCGUCCUUCUCAGGUGACAGGACCCUGGAACCACCAUUAUCUGGAACCGAGGAGCCGUCCUUCUCAGGUGACAGGACCCUGGAACCACCAUCAUCUGGAACCGAGGAGCCAUCCUCCGGAGUGCGAGAAGAUCAUGAACAGCAACGGGAGAGUUGAUAAUAUUGAUUACCAUGAUGUUGACCAGGGUAUAUAUUUUGAAAUGGAUAUUACAGUGCCAUUUCGGACACAGCCUGAGGGAAAAGCACAGCAAUUGUUUGUCAGAUUUAAUUAGCAUAAUUGUUAACUUUUCUGCUAUACUGUCUUGUAACUUUCCAUAACUAUGUAGACAGUAAGGCCGUACAUGCUGUAAUGUGUCUUUCAUUGAAGCUUUCCUAUCCUCUGUGCUGACUGUCAUUAGCAGACCUGGGCUCAAACAUACUAUCUGAAAUCUUCCAAAUACUUUGAGUGUUUUAUUUAGCCUGUCUGAAGUGCUGGAUGGGCAGUGUUUGCAGUUUUGGGACAAUUGUAUUGGUCCAUUAUACCAUGCAGGCUCAUUCAAGCACAGAUUAAGUAUUUGGAAUGAUUUCAAAUAGUAUUUUAACCAGGUCUGGACAUAAGAAAAUGUUACAUAACAUAUACAUGUAGGAUCCUGUUUUUGUUCUUUUAUCCCUCUCUACUUUACACAGGGCAGGAGGCCUUCCAGGCUUCUGGUCUAGCAGAUGUUAGGAGGAGGCAAGAGGCAGGAGGCCUUCCUGGCUUCUGGUCUAGCAGAUGUUAGGAGGCAGGAGGCCUUCCAGGCUUCUGGUCUAGCAGAUGUUAGGAGGAGGCAGCAUUUUUUUCUCUCUUUUUGCAGUUCUGUCACUAUUGUGAAAGUUGUUUCAGACUUAAAGCAUAUAGCCCAAUUGACAAGUACUUCAUGACUGUGCCACCAGCCAAGGCUGCUGAGGGGAGGACGGCUCAUAAUAAUGGCUGGAAUGGAGUCAAUGGAAUGCUAUCAAACGUGGUUUCCAUAUGGUUGAUACCAUUCCAUUGACUCCGUUCCAGGCAUUUCUAUGAGCCGUCCUCCCCACAGCAGCCUCCACUGUGUGCCACACAUUGUAAUUGAUAUACAGUAUGUUUGCCAAGGUUAUACAGUGUAAGAUUAAGUAGUGUAUGGUUCCAACUUGUAUAAAUCACGGUAACAUAUAAUGUACUAACAAUAUCAAUAUCAUGUUUGCGUUUUCUCUAGGCAAUGUUAAUGUACUGUACUUCUUCAUAUUGCAAUCGGUGAACCAGAACUGUGUGUAUGCGUGUGUAUGCAUUUGUAUUGCUUGAUUAGGACACAGAGAUAAUCAGACUAUUCAGUGUUUACUUCUCUUGAGACGAGUAUGAUGAAGAGAGGGAAAAAAAUAGUUGUCGAGUUGCAUAACGCCCAGGCUUUGGGGAAGUGUUGCUACUAUUAAAUAAAGAAGAGAUGAUUAAUG